AUGGACGGUCGUGUAAGCUUGUUGGAGGUCACGGUGCAGAAUUUGGCGGAGAACCAGGUGAAAGCCCAAUCGGAGUUGCAGAGUCUAAUGAAUAAGAUGAUGGAGGAGAUGAGGCAAAUGGAAGUUCGUUUGUCACGAGGCUCAGGUGGGAAUGUUUCGAAUGUUGGGUCGUCGGGUUCGAGUGAAAGUGGGUCGCAUAAUCAAAGUCCCUUGGAGUUGCAAAUAUUAUCCGAAUUUCGAUCAGCUGUGAAGAAGGUGGAGCUUCCGAGUUUCGAUGGCAGUGACCCCGGUGCAUGGAUAUCAAGAGCAGAGACGUAUUUUGAAAUUCAGGAAACUCGACUUGAGUUGAAGGUGCGUUUGGCUAAGAUUUGUAUAGAGGGAUCCACUGUGCAUUGGUUCAAUCUUUGGUUUGACAGUGAAUCUGAACCAUCUUGGGAGGGUCUUAAAGUAGCAUUACUGCGGAGGUUCGGAGGAGCGUUCGUUGAGAAUCCUUUUGAGAGUCUUGCAGAGUUACAACAAGAGGGAACAAUGGCCUCUUAUAUUGAGGAAUUUGAGUACUUAACUUCUCAAGUCCCUAAGAUGCCAAAGCAACAAUUUAUGGCCUAUUUCAUGCAUGGCCUUCGAGCAGAAAUUAGGAGGAAGGUCAGAAUACAUAAACCUGACAACAAGGUAAGAAUGAUGGAGCUUGCAAGGGCGAUUGAGGUUGAUUUGCUCGAGGAAACUCACUUAAAACCCUUAUAUAAGAGGGGUUUGGGGGUAGUUGAAGGGAGUCAAAAUCGUACUCUGUUUUCUCGUGGUGGAACAAAGUAUUCUACAAUGUUAAAAUCUGGAGGAAACUUAGGUGGUCAGCAAAGGAGGGAAUUUCGUCAUGAUGAAUCAAAGAAUAAAGGCUCUAGUGUAAGCAACACAAGUACCGGAGAGAGGCGAUUUGGUGGUGGUAGGGAUCGUGGGGUGCGUCACUUAUCUUAUGGAGAAUUAAUGGAAAGGAAACAAAAAGGGUUAUGUUUUAAAUGUGGUCAAAACUUUCACCCAAUGCAUCAAUGUCCUGAGCGUCAACUGAAAUUAAUUAUUGUGGAUGAGGAGCAGUUAGAAGGUGGGGAACAUGAAGUAUUGGCCUUAGAAAUGGAGGAGCAGCCACCAGAGGAGCUCACUUGUUCGCUCCUUAGUAGCUGUAAUGUAGAAAAGAGGACUGAUUUUCAACCUAAAACCAUGAAGAUCAAGGGGAUGGUUAAAGGCGUUCCUGUGAUCAUUUUAAUUGAUAGUGGAGCUUCACAUAAUUUUGUUUCUUCAAGGGUGGUGGAUUCUUUGGGGUUGGAUUAUGGGCAGACUACAAUUGCAAAAGUAACACUGGGGGAUGGUAACAAAAAAAAUGUGCAAGGACGUUGUAAUGGAGUAUUGGUGGAAUUGGAUGAGUUGCAGAUAAUCAUUGACUCUUAUGUUUUUGAUGUAGGGGAUGUGGAUUUGAUUUUAGGUGUGGAGUGGUUGGCUACUUUAGGGAAAGUAACUACUGAUUGGAAGAAACAAAUUAUGGAAUUUAAUUAUGAGGGGAAGAAGAUACAAUUGAAGGGAGAAGUCAAUCUCGGGAGAGUAUUUGACUCUUUGUUUUGCUUUCUAAAUCAGGAAGUACAAGAGAUAAAUGGGGUGAUGUGGCCUGGUAAUAUUCAAAAGGCAAAAGGGUGUGAAGGUGAAGGAUUCACGGAUGAGCAGGAGGGAAGGCUGCAACGUAUUUUGCAAAAAUUUUUAGAAGUGUUUUUAGAGCCUAAAGGCUUACCUCCUAAGAGGACCAAAGAGCAUGUGAUUGUUUUGAAGCAAGGGGCUGAACCUGUGAAUGUGAGACCAUAUCGAUAUCCACAUUAUCAAAAAGAAGAAAUAGAAAGGCAAGUGGAUGAAUUAUUGAAGUUUGGAGUCAUUAGGCCUAGCACAAGUGCCUAUUCAAGCCCGGUGAUAUUGGUAAGAAAAAAAGACCAUACUUGGAGAAUGUGUGUUGACUAUAGGGCUCUUAAUAAAGAGACUAUACCUGACAAGUAUCCUAUACCAGUCAUAGAGGAAUUGCUUGAUGAAUUGAAUGGAGCUUCUUAUUUCUCUAAGCUGGAUCUAAAGUCAGGGUAUCAUCAAAUCCGGGUAAGAGAAGAAGAUAUUCCUAAAACUGCUUUUAGAACUCAUAAUGGCCAUUAUGAAUAUCUUGUGAUGUCUUUUGGGUUAAUGAAUGCACCAGCAACCUUUCAAUCCUUGAUGAAUGAUGUGUUCAGGCAUUGUUUAAGGAAGUUUGUUUUGGUGUUUUUUGAUGAUAUAUUAGUGUAUAGCAGAGAUUGGGGGUCUCAUAUCCAACAUUUGGAGCAUGUGCUGUCUUGUUUAAAAGAACAUGGCUUGGUAGCGAAUAAAAAGAAAUGUCAUUUUGGCAGGAAGACAGUAGAAUAUUUAGGCCAUGUAAUUUCGGAGGAUGGAGUUGCAAUGGACCCGGAAAAGGUGAGAAGUGUUUUGGAGUGGCCCGUUCCAAAAGGGGUAAAAGGUGUUAGGGGUUUCUUGGGAUUGACCGGGUAUUACAGAAAGUUCAUUAAAGAUUAUGGCAAAAUUGCUAAACCUCUAACAGAUUUAACAAGGAAGGAAGGAUUUCAUUGGGGGGAACAAGCUCAAACGGCUUUUGAGAGGCUAAAGAAGGCUAUGACAGAGGCACCAGUUUUGAGGCUACCAGAUUUCACAAAAGAAUUUGUGAUAGAAUGUGAUGCUGCAGGAAGAGGGUUGGGUGCUGUUUUGAUGCAAGAGGGUCGACCCGUGGCCUAUUUUAGUAAAUCUCUUUCUGAAGGAAAUUUGGCAAAAUCGGCUUACCACAAAGAGCUCAUGGCACUAGCUUUGUCAAUUCAACAUUGGAGACCGUAUCUUUUAGGGAGACAUUUUAAGGUUUUUUCUGAUCAAAGGAGUUUGAAACAAUUGUUGGGGCAGAGAAUUUCUACCCCUGAUCAACAAUGUUGGCUCACUAAAUUGUUGGGCUAUGAUUUUGAGGUGAUUUAUAAGCCUGGUCCUCAAAAUAAAGCUGCAGAUGCUUUGUCUAGGAGUAAGGAAGAAGUGGAAUUACAAGUUCUGGUUUCUAAACCAGAAUGGUUGGACUCAAGUAUGGUGCAAGAAGAAAUUCAUCAUGAUUCUUACUUGCAAGGGGUGGUUUCAGAUUUGCACAAAGACCCCACAUCUAGGCCUGGAUUUUCUAUAAAACAUGAUAUUCUUUUCUAUUAUGGCAGGUUGGUCAUUUCAGCAAAUUCUUCUUGGAUUCCAAUUCUCUUACAUGAGUUUCAUAGCACACCUACGGGUGGUCAUUCUGGCUACUAUAGGACAUAUAGAAGAUUGGCUGAAAAUGUUUAUUGGUGUGGCAUGAAGAAGAGAGUUCAAGAUUUUGUUAAAGAGUGUGACAUUUGCCAACGACAGAAAUACCAAGCUCAAUGUCCAUCUGGGUUACUGCAACCAUUAGAUAUCCCAGAACAAAUUUGGGAAGAUGUAAGCAUUGAUUUUAUUACUGCUCUCCCUAAGUCCAAGGGACUUGAUACCAUACUAGUUGUGGUGGAUCGACUCUCUAAAUAUGCUCAUUUUCUUUCCCUUCGACAUCCAUUUACAGCUAAAACAGUGGCUGAUUUGUUUGUGAAGGAAGUGGUAAAAUUGCAUGGGAUUCCCAAGUCUAUAGUCAGUGACAGGGAUCCCCUUUUUCUAAGUCAUUUUUGGACUCAAUUAUUCAAAUCCCAAGGCACCAAGCUUAGGAUGAGUUCUUCUUAUCAUCCAGAAACUGAUGGCCAAACAGAGAUUAUUAACAAGUGUUUGGAAACUUAUCUCAGGUGUUUUUGCUUUGAACAACCUAAGACUUGGGUCAAUUGGUUGCACCGGGCAGAAUGGUGGUAUAACACCACUUUUCAUGUCACGACAGGGGUCAGUCCUUUUCAAGCAGUAUAUGGCAGGAAACCUCCUACAUUGGUGCAAUAUGUUACGGGUGAAACCAAAGUAGAAUUGAUAGGGAUGAGGCACUUAGGCAGUUACAGUAUCAUCUACAGCGAGCUCAAGGACAUAUCAAGAAUUCAACAAAGACAGAAAAACGGGGUUCUUGUUCCAUACUGGUUGGUCAAGUGGUGUGGGAAACCUGUUGAGGAGGCAACUUGGGAAGAAGCAUUUACUAUUACCAAUCAAUUUCCUGAUGUACACCUUGAGGACAAGGCUAUUGUUGAAGGAGAGGGCAAUGUCAGGCCCCAUAAAAUAGCUAGCCCAGUCCAACUCAGCCAUGGGCCAUGGCGAGAAGACUUGGCCAAGCAGCAGCAGGAGCUGGCUAAGCGGGAGCAGGAGCUGGCCAAGCAAGAGCAGGAGCUGGCUAAGGUGAAGGGCCGGCUUCAGCCAUGGAAGGAGGUGAACAAGAUCCUGAGGGAGGAUAACAAGACUCUCACCGCGGCUCUUGAUGAGGCGAAGCGGCGGAAGGCUGAGCUCCGGACCGCGCGUAGCGACCUUGCGCGGGUGCAGAAAUAUCUUGAGAUUGCAUUGUGGUCCAAUGAGGCUUAUGCUUCUCGAGUGGGGGAGCUGCAGGGGCUCGCUGCUUUUUCUCGGGCGCGGGCCCGUUCUUCUAGGAUUCAAGACAAACACCCUCCCAGCUACAGUAGAUCUAUCACCCCUCGGGGCACUCCUGGUCUGUCUGGUACCUACAGGACAACUAGUCGACAUGUGACCCAUCUAGCCACACCUAAAACACUUGCUCUCGGUAUGAGGGCAAUCACGAAUGAAGUGAGGUCCACCACAUCUGUAACAUCUGAGAGUAGCAGCUCCACUCUAACCUCCACUCCUAGUUGUGUCAAUAGGUUUCCUUGUGAUAGAACCCCACCUUGUUGUGAUUAG